AUUGGGGAAACUAUGCAUCACCUAAACUUUAGAAAUACGAGAUAUAUGAUGACCCAAAAUUAUGAUCAGAAAAUAAUAAUUGCAGUUGAGAGAGUUUUGACGACGGUACAGAUAUAACAAUUCUCACAGGAAGUGCUUUUUUGGCUGCGUAAGGGAGAUUACUCUGGCAUUGACUGUGACAUGCACUGCUGUGAUUAGGAUGCCUUUUGUUCUGAUUAGUACACAAAUCAGGCUGGAAACCGGUCCAACUGUAUGCGGCGAUGAAUGGAGUGACCCAGAGUUGAUGGAACAUCUUGGAGCCAAAUUGACCAAAACCUUAGGAAAUAACUUUCAAGAGUAUAUUUCUCCAGACCCUGUGAGAAUUAUAUUGAACAAGUUGGAGAAACAAGGAUACAAAAUACAAGCCAUGACUGGCCUCGGCCAGACCUGUAUCUGGACAUUGCAAAAGGAGCUCGAAUCAUUAUAUGAAUCAUGUUUUGUUGUUGAGGAUGAAAUUCUUGGAACAGGAGUACCAUUGCAAUAAAAUUGAGCCCCCUCCUCCAGAAAUCUAAUGAUUACACAGUAACUCUCAGUUGAAAUACAUUCCUCAUUUAUAUAAUGUUUUGAAAGAUUAUUACGUAUACAUAUAUAUUAUUUCAAUAAAUUGUGUAGAAAA